AAUUCCUUGAAGUACCUGCUGAUACCAAGAUAUGAACACGGCCCAGUGAGCCAGUUUUCACCAGCGGCCGCUUAGAGCACACGUUUAGCUAUUUUGCCUUAGCCAGGACGUUUACCUUUUUAAGCAUUAUAAGCAAGUGACAUAAAGGAUGCCGUCUGCAGACGCCACUCGUGGCGGUGGCUCAGCGGGCUCGAUGGGAAAGGGGACGCUGGGCGCAGGCGACACGCUUGGGCACAAGUCCGUGCUGGACAAGCAAAGAGCGGCUAUCGAAAAGCUGCGAGCUCAGAACGAGCAGCUCAAGACGGAGUUGCUGCUGGAAAAUAAGUUCAGCGUUCGGCCUGGUGACCCGUUUGCACAAGCCCUCAUCAACCGGUUGCAGGAUGAGGGCGACAUGCUUGCCCGCAAGAUUGUGUUGGAGAUGCGCAAGACAAAGAUGCUGGACCAGCAGCUGUCGGAAAUGGGCAGCACGCUAACCACCACCCGGAACAACAUGGGCGGCAUCUUCUCCGCCAAGGAGCAGUCAACCGCGGUGCAGAAGCGCAUUAAGCUGCUGGAGAACCGGCUCGAGAAGGCGUACGUGAAGUACAACCAGUCCAUUACGCACAACAAGCAGCUGCGGGAGUCUAUAAAUAACCUCCGGCGGGAGCGCAUCAUGUUUGAGAGCAUCCAGAGCAACCUGGAGCGGGAGCUGGCGAAGCUGAAGCGGGACAUGGCGGACAUGAUUCAGCAGGCCAAUGGAGCAUUUGAGGCGCGAGAGAAGGCCAUUGGGGAGAUGAACGCCCUGAAGGCGCAGGCGGACAAGGAGCAGCAGGGCUUCGAGGAGGAAUGGCGACAGCUCACAACCAUCAUUGAGGAGGACAAGAAGGAGCGGGAACGCGCCCGCGCACAAGAGCUGGCAAUGCGCGAGCGUGAGACGCAGGAGCUCCUCAAGAUGGGAACUCUGUCCUCAGCAGAGAAGAAGAAGCGCAUCACGAAAGGCUCGUGGAACGUUGGGUACAACAAGGCGAUGGCGCAGAACGUAGCGGCCGAGAAGGUGGAGAUGUACGGCCAGGCCUUCAAGCGGAUCCAGGAUGCCACAGGUAUUGAGGACAUCGACCAGCUGGUCAACACCUUCCUGGCGGCUGAGGACCAGAACUACACGCUGUUUAACUACGUCAACGAGGUCAACCAGGAAAUUGAGAAGCUGGAGGACCAGAUCAAUAUCAUGCGUGGGGAGAUUAACAAGUACAGGGAGACCGGGCGCGAGUUGGACAUGACCAAGUCCCGCGAGCUAACGGAGGAGGAGGCGCGGCUCGCAGCGUCGGAGGCGCAGUCGCAGCUGUACGAGAAGCGCACGGAUUCGGCUUUGUCCAUGACCACGGCGCUUAAGGCGGGCAUCAAUGACCUGUUUGAACGCAUCGGCUGCAACACGCCGGCAGUGCGCGACCUGCUGGGCGAGGAGGGCGUGACCGAGGCCAACCUGACGGCGUACCUGGGCAUCAUCGAGCAGCGGACAAACGAGAUUCUGCAGAUUUACGCCAAGCGGAAAGCGCAGCAGGGCACUGACGGCCUUGCGGAGGCGCUGCUGGCGCAGCCACUGACGCAGCCGGGCAACCGCAUCAUCAUCGAGCCGCCCAGCACUACGCAGGAGGAGGAGGUGGAGGGGCUGGAACCGGAGCCGGUGGAAGAGGACCGCCCGCUGACGCGUGAGCAUCUGGAGAGCAAGGUGCAACGGACGCUGCCGCGGAAGCUGGAGACGGCCAUUAAGGUCCGGCCAGCGGGGGCAGACGCGACAGGCGGGAAGCGUGGGUCACCGACGCGGCGGUGAUGGGGAGGUGGCAGAGUUGAUGUGGCGUGCGCGUGUGACGUUGUGGAGUGUGAGGGUGCGAAGUGAUGCUGGUUUUGUGGGCGUGUGCUGUACUGAUGGCGCGUCAAGGGUUCAGGGGCAGAAUACCGCAGGGCGCGUGUGCGCAAGGUGCAUCAGGUGGGGUCCGAGCUAGCGUCGCCCCGGAACGGUCGUAUGAUGAUGACUUGACUAUUUGACAGUUACUGAGGGCGUGCUAACACUACCAUUACCUCAAUCCGCUCGGGGUAGGGCAAUGGUAAUCCAUAUGGACAUGGAAGGAAUGCAUGGCUUCCGUGCGGCUAAAUAGUGCCGUAAGGAUUCCAUGGUGUAGAUGUACAAUCACGAUGUACAAUCGAGGCUUCAAGUUCAUGCAGACAGGUAACGGCAGCAUGUGCUUCACAUGGCGUCGCCGGUGUGAUGCGCUGGUGUAUGUAAGCUAGUAUCGAG